GCAGUUGGUGCGGGCGGGCGGCGGGGAAGGAUGAGUGGCGCGCUGCGCGCCGGCCUGCGCCUGGCCGGGAGCGGCUGGGCAGUGCGGGGCUGGGCCGGGCGGCGGCGGCUGAGCCAGGCGGCGGCCGAGGGCGGCGGGGCCGAGGGAGGCGGCGGCUCGGGGUCGGGCUCGGGCUCGGGGUCGCGGGAGGCGGUGGAGCGUCUGGUGCGGGCGCACCCGGUGGUGGUGUUCAUGAAGGGCAGCCCCGCGCAGCCCCUCUGCGGCUUCAGCAACGCCGUGGUGCAGAUCCUGCGGCUGCACGGCGUGGAGGACUACCGCGCCCACGACGUGCUGCAGGACCCCGACCUCCGCCAAGGAAUAAAAAACUACUCAAACUGGCCCACCAUCCCACAAGUAUACCUCAAUGGUGAAUUCGUUGGUGGCUGUGAUAUACUCCUCCAGAUGCAUCAGAAUGGAGAUCUUGUAGAAGAGCUGAAGAAGUUAGGAAUCCGCUCAGCACUUCUGGAUGCAGAAAAAGACCAAGACAAAAAGUAAAAUGAGCGAAUAAAGAUGCUGUGACAGGAAUAAGGAAAGUCUUCAAUAAGAACUUGUUACCAGUAAAGCCUUAUGUACUUCAGCUCAAAGAAGGCAUCUUUUUGAACUGACACUAAGAUUUAUCAGUGGCUGUCUCUUAGCUCAUGGUGAAUGUAGUGAUCUCAGUAUUUUGGUUUAUGGAUAUUGUUGUGAAAAUUUGAGUAUAACCACUGCACUGUAAGGCAUACAUUUGUGGAAAUCAUGUUUAAAAGCAAGUACACUUCUAAAAACAUUCUCUUGAUUGAGGGCAGGAGUAAACCAAAAUAAUUUUAUUUUUAUGAAUUUUGAGUUUGUUUCUUUGUUCUUUGUUACAUGAACCUAUGCAAACAGUGUUUGCAUUCCCUUGUUCCUUUAACAAAAAAAAGUGCGAAGUAGUGGUGCAUCUUCUUUUGUAUAACUCCUGAUAAGACUUCCUGAGAGCUUGUAAAAUGUAUCUUGUAUGAUAUAGGAGGAAACAGUCUUCAAACAAUAUAGUAGAAAAGAUGAUAUGAGAGUGCAUGAAAUAUACUUUUAUUCUAAAGGGUAAAAAAUAAACAUACUAGUACAAAUACA